CAUCGGAAUAGAACACGGUGCUGAGACAGGGAGUUGUUCGGCAAACAGGUGGAACAUUUGGCGAAGAGAACGGAGACACUAAUCUGACACUGAAUCUGAAACCACACAGCACCAUUGAACUUCCGUUCCGAAGAAGAGUGUAUUUUAAAACAUGGAACAGCGUCGUUAGCCGAUCAAACCCCUCGGGACAUGCAUGAUCUGGAGGACAGCCGUUUAUUGAAGAUUUGCUGAAGAAGGAGAGAGAAUUCCCCUCCUAGUAGCAAGCCAUUGUGUGAUGAUGGAAAGUGCCAUAUAUGAGGACGAACCUUUGUAACUAGCUGGCUGACCAGGCAGCUAGCACCACAUAUCAAGGAUUCUGGAUGAUUCUUCGACUUGAGUCCAUUGGGGAUCAUUAUAAUCUACCGGAGCGGACCUGUAACUUAUCUCCGAGACAGUGGACACAAUGGGGGAGACCAGUCUCAACGACUCGAAUGUGAAGGUCGCAGUCCGUGUUCGUCCCAUGAACAGGAGAGAAAAGGACCUGAACACAAAAUGUAUUGUGGAUAUGGAAGGCAACCAGACCAUCCUUCACCCAGGAGGAGGAAACCUGGGCAAGGGAGACUCCAGGAGUCAGACCAAGACCUUCGCCUACGACUACUGUUUCUGGUCCAUGGACGAGUCGGAAAAGGACAAGUUUGCGGGUCAGGACGUGGUGUUUCAGUGCCUUGGGGAGAGUCUUUUGCACAAUGCCUUCCAGGGCUACAACGCCUGCAUCUUCGCCUACGGACAGACAGGUUCGGGGAAGUCAUACACCAUGAUGGGCUCUGUGGACUCUCCAGGUCUGAUCCCGCGGCUCUGCAGCUCUCUGUUUGACCGCACCCUGCUGGAGCAGAGGGAGGGUGAAGGCUUCACCAUAGAGGUCUCCUACAUGGAGAUAUACAACGAGAAGGUCCGUGACCUCCUCGACCCCAAAGGGAGCAGGCAGGCUCUUAGAGUGAGGGAACACAAGGUGUUGGGGCCGUACGUGGACGGCCUUUCACGCCUGGCUGUGGCCAGCUACAAGGACAUUGAGUCUCUGAUGUCGGAGGGGAAUAAGUCUCGUACGGUGGCUGCCACCAACAUGAACGAGGAGAGUAGCAGAUCUCACGCUGUCUUCAACAUCAUCCUCACACACACACUCAAAGACCUGCAGUCUGGGACGAGUGGUGAGAAGGUGAGUAAGCUGAGUCUGGUUGACCUGGCUGGCAGUGAGAGAGCAGCUAAGACUGGAGCUACUGGAGAGAGGAUGAAGGAGGGCAGCAACAUCAACAAGUCUCUGACUACUCUAGGCCUGGUCAUAUCUGCUCUGGCAGAACAGGGAUGUGGGAAGAACAAGACCAAAUUUGUCCCUUACAGAGACUCUGUACUAACAUGGCUGCUAAAGGACAGCCUGGGCGGUAACAGCCGCACGGCCAUGGUGGCCACAGUGAGCCCGGCGGCGGACAACUAUGACGAGACGCUGUCCACGCUGCGCUACGCCGACCGGGCCAAGAGCAUUGUCAACCACGCCGUGGUCAAUGAGGACCCCAACGCACGCAUCAUCAGGGAGCUCCGAGAGGAAGUGGAAAAACUACGGGACCAGCUGACACAGGCAGAGUCUAUGAAGGCCCCAGAGCUGAAGGAGAGGCUGGAGGAGUCUGAGAAACUCAUCCAGGAGAUGACCGUCACCUGGGAGGAGAAACUACGCAAGACUGAGGAGAUCGCACAGGAGCGUCAGAAACAGUUGGAGUCCCUUGGCAUCUCUCUCCAGUCGUCUGGCAUCAGAGUAGGAGAAGACAAGUGUUUCCUAGUCAACCUCAAUGCUGACCCCGCUCUCAACGAACUGCUGGUCUACUACCUGAAGGAGCACACUAAGGUUGGUUCAGCAGACUCCCAGGACAUCCAGCUGUGUGGGAUGGGUAUCCAGGCUGAACACUGCAUCAUAGACAUCACAGCUGACCAAGGGGUGGUCCUCACUCCUCACAGGAACUCAAGAACGUGUGUGAACGGCUCUCCUUGCACCAGCCCUCAGCAGCUCCACCAUGGAGAUCGUAUCCUGUGGGGAAACAACCACUUCUUCAGGAUCAACCUGCCUAAGUGGCGGUCGCGGUGUGGCGGUGAGGAAGAGGAGGCUGAGGGGGGCCUGAUGAAGAACAGUAGCAGUAGUGAACAGCUGGAGGGGGACGGAGACAACAACAGUGAGGUUUCCUCUGAGGUCUCCUUCUCCUACGAGUUCGCCCAGACAGAGGUCAUGAUGAAGGCCCUGGGCAACAACGACCCCAUGCAGGCGGUGCUACAUUCCCUAGAGAGGCAGCACGAGGAGGAGAAGCGCUCGGCGCUGGAGAGACAGAGGCUGAUGUACGAACAGGAGCUGCAACAGCUGAGACGACGGCUGCACCCGGACAGACCGUCUGUAGGACAGACAGGCACGGCCCCCAACCAAUCACAGGGCCAGGCCGACAGGCCGGGACAGCCCCACUACCGCAGCCUGGAGAGACUCAGCAUGUCCAACUCACCCAGCGCACAGAGCAGGCUGAGGCAGUGGAGCGAGGAGAGAGAGGCAGUGUUGACCCGGAGCUUGCGUAAGCUGAGGGAGCAGAUAGUGAGAGCUAACCUGCUGGUGCAGGAGGCUGGCUUCAUAGCAGAGGAGCUGGAUAAACGCACCGAGUACAGAGUCACCUUGCAGAUACCUGCUGCUAACCUCAACGCCAACCGCAAGCGUGAUGCAGUGCUGAGUGAGCCUGCGGUGCAGGUGAGGCGCAAGGGGAAAGGGAAACAGAUCUGGGCUCUGGAGAAGAUGGAGAACAGACUGGUGGACAUGAGAGAACUGUACCAGGAAUGGAAGGACUAUGACGAUGACAACCCCGUGAUGCGUUCCUACUUUAAGCGUGCCGACCCGUUCUUUGACGAGCAAGAGAACCACAGUCUGAUCGGCGUAGCCAACGUCUUCCUGUCCUGUCUGUUCUAUGAUGUCAAGCUGCAAUAUGCAGUACCCAUCAUCAACCAGAAGGGGGAGGUGGUUGGGAGGUUACACGUGGAGGUGGUGAGAGUGGCGGGUGGGUUUGAGGACAGCAUGGCUGGGGGAGAGGACAAUGAGGCCAGCCCCGACGGAGAGGUGCAGGAGAGGAAACUGGUCUGCAUGAUCAAGAUUCUUCAGGCAACAGGUCUCCCCCAGUACCUGUCCAACUUUGUCUUCUGCCAAUACUCGUUCUGGGACCAGGCGGAGCCCGUAAUUGUGGCCCCAGAGGUGGACCCCUCUGCCUCGUCCCCCAGCAGCAAGGACCCUCACUGCAUGGUGGUCUUUGACAGCUGCAAGGAGAUAGGUGUGGCAGUAACAGAGGAGUUUAUAGAGUAUCUGACAGAGGGGGCAGUGGCCAUCGAGGUGUACGGACACAGACAGGCCGACGCCGGCAGAAACCCUGCCCUCUGGGACCUCAGCAUUAUACAGGCCAAGACACGCACGCUACGGGACAGGUGGAGUGAGGUAACACGUCGUCUGGAGAUGUGGAUCCAGGUGUUGGAGAUCAACGAGAACGGAGACUUCAUGCCUGUAGAGGUCAUACCUGCCAGAGACGUACGCACAGGAGGUAUAUUCCAACUACGGCAGGGCCAGUCGAGACGUCUGCAGGUGGAGGUGAAGUCUGUGCAGGACAGCGGGACCAUGCCGCUGAUAGCGGAGGUUCUGCUGGCCGUGUCCGUGGGCUGUGUGGAGAUCAGACCGACACGCCAGGCCAAGGCCAACAACCAACCCAUACAGAUGGAGGGGGAUGAGAUGGACAGCUAUCAGGAGCGUGAUCUGGAGCGUCUGCGUCGCCAGUGGCUGACGGCUCUCACCAAGAGACAGGAGUACCUGGACCAACACCUCCAGACCCUGGUCAGCAAGCCAGAAAAGACAGAGGAUGACGUGGAGAGGGAGGCCCAGCUGUUGGAAUGGCGCCUGACACUGACCGAGGAGAGGAACGCCGUCAUGGUGCCUUCAGCCGGGAGUGGCAUCCCUGGAGCUCCCGCAGAGUGGGUGCCCUUACCUGGAAUGGAGACCCAUACCCCUGUGCUUUUCCUGGACCUCAGUGCGGAUGACUUCAGUUCCCAGGAUGCCUUGGAGGUCCCGGAGGCUGGGGGUUGGGACGCCACUCUGAGCGGCGAGGAUGAGGAAGAGUUCUUCGACCUGCAGAUCGUCAAACACUACGAUGAAGAGGUAAAAGCUGAGGCGUCGUGGGACUCCACAGUGCACCAGUGUCCCCAGCUGAGCCGCGGUGGAGCGUGGACGGAGCAGAGGGUUUAUCUGACGGUGCGCUGCGUGGUGCAGCUCAGCCAUCCGGCAGACAUGCAGCUGGUGCUGAGGAAACGGAUCUGUGUCAACCUGAACCCCAGCAGACAGGGCUUCGCUCAGAACCUCCUCAAGAGGAUGUCCACGCGCUCCUCUAUCCCCGGCUGUGGGGUCACCUUUGAGGUGGUCUCCAACAUCCCCGGGGAUGCCCAGGGUUCAGAGGACAGGGAGAUGUUGGCUCGUCUAGCUGCCAGCACUGAGAACCCCAAGUCGGCCGACAACGAGGCAGCCAUAGAGAAAUACCUCCGCAGUGUCCUGGCCGUAGAGAACGUCCUCACUCUGGACCGCCUACGACAGGAGGUGGCGGUGAAGGAGCACCUGGCGGGCAAAGGGAAGGGCAACAGACGCAGUCUCAGCUCCCCCAGUGUACACAGGCUCUCUGGCAGCAGACAGGACCUGUCAUCUAACUGCAAUCUGGACGACAACAAGACACGCUGGGAGAGCCAGCAGGACAUCUUCAUGACCUCGCCCCAGUUCAGCCACACCCUGCCUCGCCCCUCCUCCUCUCCCCCUACUAUUCCCUCACAGAACCUGAGCCAGGACCCAGAGCAAGGUCGUUCAGGGCUUGCUGCCUCUUAUCUUUCAGUCAAAGCCCUGGUGCCACAGAUGCCCAAGCUGCUCAAGUCGCUGUUCCCUGCCCGCGAGGACAAGAAGGAGCCCCUACGCCCUUCACCCCACUCUCUACAGCACAUGCCUCGUAUCAUCAUGCAGACAACGGGGCCUGAAGACAGCAGGAUCCGGAUAGAACCGGUUGCUAUGGUAGGGAGGACCACCCUUAUCCCGGCCCUGACCAAUGACAGGUGGUCGGAAUCCACCGACGCCCCUCUUCCUGUUCAGUCCUCCCAGCAUGACCCGCAUGACUACCCCCUCAGCCCCAUCAGCGAGGCCUCCAGCGGCUACUUCUCCACUAGCGUUUCCAUGGCAACCCUGUCAGAGGCUUCAGCCAGCGCCAGUGGCGACCACCCUGCCACCCCCCUCCACACCUCCUCCUCUCUCACCCUCCUAGAUGCAGGGGUGGGGCUAAAGGGGAUUGAUGCUCCUGAAACUACGUUACCCAGAACCCAGCAGCGAGCUGAACAGAACGGUGUUACUGCUGCCUCUCCUCAGUAUGACAACAAAAUGGCCACCACCGGUCCCGGCUCCAACGUCAACAGCGUCACCACGGGCAACAAGCCCUUCUCCGUGCAGAGGGUGUCGACGUCGGACCUGAAGUCGUUCCAGCAGCGCAUCCUGGGGGAGGAAGUGGAGGCGAGAGGAGGAGGAAGACAGGGGAGUCUGGAGAGACUGGAGAUCGUCCUGGACGACGAGGAUGGCGGCCGCGACUACGUGCUACCUGAUUGGCUGAGAGAGGGGGUGUGCGUGACGGUGGGAGCCAAUAAGGGCGGGACUGUGCGCUACGUGGGCAACACUGAGUUCGCCGAGGGUGUGUGGGUCGGGGUGGAGCUCGACUCGCCCUCAGGUAAGAACGACGGCUCCGUAGGCGGGCGCCACUACUUCCGCUGUAACCCUGGUUACGGUGUCCUGGUGCGUCCCGACCGGGUUUUCAGACGGGAGCGUUCCACCAAACGGAACCCGGAGAACCGGCGCAGCGGCGAGUUCUACCAGCCCGUUCUGCGGGGAGAGUCCACUAACAGGCGAGGGGAGAACCGCAAGUCCUGGAGCAGCUGAACUGGAGAGAAACAGGUCUGGCAGGGAGAGACCAUUAUUCCACACAUCCCUCUGUCUCCUGGCUCGGAUCAACUAGAAAACCCACACAUCCUGUUUCUAAGCCUCCGUCUCACUCAGCCCCCUCUCUCUCAAUCUCCCCCUAACUAUGCAAUACUACUGCAUCUAAUGGAAAACGGUCCCUGUCCUGUGCCCACUCAUAGCUAUGUAACAGUACCUUAGUGCUCUGGGUUAGAUCUGUCUGGAUUCAUUUCAAUAGGGAAGACCUUUACCCAACAAGCCCCUGCUGCUGCUGUGCUGUCUCCCCAUCUGGACACAGCACUGGUGGUGCCGCCUGUGGCAUGGAUUGGGCACAGGACCUGAGUGGUUCCACAGCACCUGAAGUAGGCUACAGAGUGUUGCUGUCUAUAUGAAGUGACCCACAGGGUGGCCAAUGGGGACUGUUUGUCCGCGGGCCAAGGUUCAGGUUCUGAAGUGAUGACAUCAUUUCCUCUGAUGUCAUCAAACUCUGGUCACACUUCGAGAAUCCUUCUGAAAGAAUGAGACUGCUAUUCCACCAGACUCUGACCGGAACCCCCAUCCCUCCUCUUUUUCGAUGGAACUGUCCAUUUUACUCCCCUCCUCCCCCCUUAUUUUUGAAUGGAACGGUCCCUUUUAACUAAAUGAUAUUAUCGGUCCUUUUUGUGGACUGACAUUUUAGCAGUUACUAUAUCUGUUUCCCCCAUGUGAAGUCAUUCAUCUGAAGUGAUCGAUUCUUCCAGAAUGUGCCUUCAUGAUUCAUGAGUUGAUUUUCCUUUGUAAUGUUUCUUAGUGGUUUUAUUUAAUGCACAUUUUGCCCUCUGUUGAGCUUUGACGAGAAUGCCUUGUGUAAGUGUGAGGUGAUCUCCUGGACUGUAGAGUGGACGUGGACGUACCUGUGAGAAGAUGUGUGUGUGUGUGUGCCUGUGUUUUAGAAGUUUGGCCCUUGAAGCUGAUUUUAACCAUGGCCAUGUACAGUAGGCUGGGAGAAAAAUGAUCCCUCUGUCUGUGUGUGUGUGUGUAUGCACGUCUCCGGCUGAUCUGAAAUAUGAAGCACCGUCGUUAUGACGACGUGGUUUGUGCAACAGUAAUAGCCAUUGGUUUUAAAUUGUAAGUUGAGAAGUCAGUUGAAGGAUGUUUCCACUAUGAGAAGCCCAGAGAGCAAAAUUAGUUGAAAUUGCUUUUCUUAAAUGUAUUUUUAACAUCCGGGUGCUUACUGGGAGAUUUUGCACGUUAGAGGUGUUAGCAGAAUGGUUGUCUUUGGUUCUAGAACUGUUUGAGGAAGUAGCAGUGGUGUGUACUGGACUGCUGGUCUUGUGUGUAUGUAACUUUGUGGUAACAUUGUGUUCAUGUUGUGGAGCUUUAUGUAACGUGUGGAGCGGAAGUUGAAUGGAAGUUAGGACUGGUAUGUUUUAUGCUGGUCAUUGAUUUGUGUUUGGGGAAAAAAGAUCUCUGCAUAUGUUCACCAUUUAUUUUUUAGAAAGGUGCUCUUAAUGUGUGUGAAGCUACAGAUCUGUAAUAGGGUCUAACAUUUACAUACUGACUCAAUGGCUUUGGGAGAUGAAGAAGGCAAGGAUGUGGGAGAUCGUUUUUUUUAGUUUAAGUUUUACAAGCAAUUUGGUUUGAAACUAUGGAAUUUUAAUUAAAAUGUUAAUUGAUCCCUGAA